CAACGGCGCCAGAGAUAUAAACCCAUCGCCCAAGCAGCCUCGUCGGUUUGAGUUUCUUCGCUAGACACCCAUCCUCUCACCGUGACGCGGUCGACCAUGCCUAGGAUUGUCGAGUCGCCUGCCCGCCGCGAGGUGAGAGCCGGAAUCAGAAAACUCGCCUUGGACAUCAACGCUCUCGGCGUCAACGAACUUGAUCUGCAGCAGCUCAAGUCUCUCAAUAUUCGUGUUGAUUCUUUAUCGCUGGACGAAGGUUCACCUCAUGCAGCAGCUUUCUUUGCUCCCUUCCCAGCCGACCAACUCCCCGAAGUCGAUGAGGACACUCUUGGGGGUGUUUUUAAUGGCAUCGACGACGACCCAAAACCAGGCUCCUUCUUCUACGAUCCGGACUUCUACCGCCCUUAUGACCGUGCGCACAUCACAGGUGGCCAUCUAAGGUCAUACAUUCAAUCCUGCUGCUCAUUCCAUUACGGCCAAAAGACGGAUAUCAAGUGGGCUGCGAAAUGCGCUGCGGACUAUCCAUCUGCUGGUCUCUGCCGACAUGAGCAACCAUCUUACGGCUCCUUCGCCCUGGCUGAUUUGGAGGGUUCCACCUAUCCCCACGUCAAGGCCAUCACGUUCAAUAACCUGGUCCCCACUAAAUCUACUCUUCUCGCCGGCGAACUGCUCCCAGCUCUUCGUCUUAUGCUCUGGCAGCUGAGGAGGUCUCGAUUUAUUCGUCACGCAGUCUCUCCGGUCCUGUUCAUCUCACUGCUGGGACUGAAAGCUAGGGUUAUGGAGUUUUAUUUCUCGAAUGGCACUCUGGUUGUGCGUCACACCAAGAUGUUCGACUUCACCCACGGGAAUGAUGAGGCGUUCAAAACACUUGCACAGUGGUACCUGGGUGAUGCGAUCGGAGAUACUACGGCCGGUAUCUAAGUAGUCGUAUUUAUCUUUUGAAUUGCUGGGUCCCGGGUGCAUUGUUUUAUUACUAGCGACGGAUGAAUCGGUUGGCGUUGGCUUCGGACACUCAUGAACUGUCUCUUUUUGAGAUGCGGUGUUUCACUGGUGUUUAUUAUUUCGUAUGAUUUUAUGGACAAUGAUACCCGAAUCAAAUUUUAUCUAAACAAUCCUUCAGUGGAGGUCGCAAGAGUUGAAGUAUUCAAAUGUGGUCCGAUAUAUAUUUUUGCCUCCCUCAUACUUUAAAC